AGGAGGAGGCUGUUUUUAUCGUGACUUCCUGUUGGCUAAAGCGUGUAGAGUGAGGAAAAAGGAAAAUGGCAGCGGACAGCAGAAUUGAGGACUACCCUCACGAAAUAGACGAACAGCUCUCAGGCUUCGAGUCCUCGGUUUCUUCUGUCAAAACCAUGCUGGAGAAGUUGAUGUCGAUGCCCAGGAAUGAGCUGCUGCAGAAGCUGGACCCUUUGGAUCAAGCCAAACUGGAUCUGAUGUCUUCUUACACCCUUAAUUCAUUAUUCUGGAUGUACUUGGUUACACAAGGAGUAAAUCCCAGAGAGCAUGGAAUCAAACAGGAACUGGAGCGAAUAAGGACAUACAUGAACAAAGUGAAAGAGAUCACAGACAAGAAGAAAGCUGCCCGUCUGGAUAAGGGGGCUGCUUCACGUUUCCUCAGGAAUGCUCUCUAUGAACCGAACGAGAAAGAUUCUAAAAAAAAAGCAGCAUCCAAGACAGCAGCAGACACAUCGCACGACACCCCACGUUCAAAACGUCCAAAACAGAGCUGAAGUAAAGGAGCAACUGUACAGACUGGUCCCACUGCAUGUUGUACCACUUUUGGGGACAACUAAAAAAAUUCUAAGGUUGUAGUAUGGGGAAUAAUACAAGACAGCAUUAGACUUAGAACAAAAUACACAGUGGUGUUUAUUUGGGUUGCUCAGCUGUCAGUCAGUCAGAUUCUUGCUGACUGUUGCCCUGCAGCAGUGUGAGAAACAAGAGUAACUGCCAUGUACGACACGCCAUCCCUGGUUUUGCUGAACAUAUUUCUGGACAUUUGGUCUGCCAACUGCCCCAGAAAUGAUUGAUUUAAUGCUGUAAUUUCUUUUUAAUGUUACUUUAUCAUUGAGUUGUUAUGUAAAUCUGCAGGGUGCCAUUACCGUGAAAAAAUAGUCUGAUUUUUAAGAGUUAGUAAAUUAGUUGGGUCCAUCCAGCUUUUGAAGGAUGAGUUUAUAUGAAUCCUUCUUUCCUUAGUUUCUCUCUAUUUUGACAGUGAUUCUAUGAAUCAUGAGUCGUUUUUUGCAGUUUGCGUGUUUUUACAUACGUGCCAUGUGUCAAACAUUGUAUUGAUCAAACAUUUGUGGUGAUGUAUUGCUUUUAGGAUUGACCUCUGCAUAAAAACACUCACCAAACAUGA